UCUCGCUCCGUUUUCCUGCCGGGCUGCUGCUUUGCGCGCUGCGGGGCCACACUGCGACCGCACCGAGGAGGAAGCGGAGAAAGGCGCGGAGUGAAAGGGGGGACAGAUCCACUGAGGAAGAGGCAGACCGAGCUGAGGAGGAGGGCUGAUUCACGCACCAUCACCGCGCGGAUAAAACAGCCUCCGAAGCAGCAGCAGAAGGCGGAGACGCGUCACACCGCGCUCUUCCUCUCUCCAUCUCUGCUCCGUGAAGAAGAGGAGGACGCCCGGAGGGACCCGCUGGAAUCCGGUGUUGGACAGCCCCCCUCCCGCACGGACCAGGGCCGAUUCCCCGCACUCUAGCAUCUAGCACGGUGCCAUGAAGGACCGCACGGCGGAACUGCGAAGCGCUAAGGACAGCGAUGAUGAUGAAGAGGUGGUGCAGGUGGACAGGGACCACUUCAUGGACGAGUUCUUUGAACAGGUGGAGGAGAUCCGGGGCUGCAUAGAGAAGCUGUCUGAGGACGUGGAGCAGGUGAAGAAGCAGCACAGCGCCAUCCUGGCCGCGCCGAACCCGGACGAAAAGACCAAGCAGGAGUUGGAGGACCUCACAGCUGACAUCAAGAAGACAGCCAAUAAAGUUCGCUCAAAAUUAAAAGCAAUUGAGCAGAGCAUCGAGCAGGAGGAAGGUCUCAACAGAUCAUCAGCAGAUCUCCGGAUCCGUAAGACACAGCACUCGACGCUGUCGCGUAAAUUCGUGGAGGUGAUGACCGAGUACAACACCACGCAGUCCAAGUACCGCGACCGCUGCAAGGACCGCAUCCAGAGGCAGCUGGAGAUCACUGGAAGAACCACCACCAACGAAGAGCUGGAGGACAUGUUGGAGAGUGGCAAACUGGCCAUCUUCACCGAUGAUAUCAAAAUGGACUCUCAGAUGACCAAGCAGGCCCUGAACGAGAUCGAGACCCGACACACCGAGAUCAUCAAGCUGGAAAACAGCAUCCGUGAGCUCCACGACAUGUUUGUGGACAUGGCCAUGCUGGUCGAGAGCCAGGGAGAAAUGAUUGACAGAAUUGAGUACAACGUAGAACACUCUGUCGACUACGUGGAGCGAGCCGUCUCCGACACCAAGAAGGCCGUAAAAUACCAGAGCCAGGCUCGCAAGAAGAAGAUCAUGAUCAUCAUCUGCUGCGUCAUCCUGGGCGUGGUCCUGGCGUCGACCAUCGGCGGCACGCUGGGCUUCUGAGACGCUCCUCCACCUGCUGCCAUGAUGACUGACGCCGACCGACUGACCGACAGCCAGCAGAGAAAAGAAACAGCAACGACAACACAAAAAACUUGAAACACAAAUGCAAGACCGACAACCAAUCAGCUAGGAAGAGAAAAUCCAAUCACCAAUCAGAGGAAACACAGGGGUUUGGGUGGGGUACAAAAAGCUAAGAGGAAACAGCAACACCACAUUAUAGGUGACUCAUCCACACAACAAGAGAGGGAAAAUAAACCUAUUUAUGUAAAUGUAUUGGGUUAGCUACCUGUAAAAAUGAUAACCUCUAAUAUAACUUUUACUUUGUAGUUUGUUUGGCUGUUUUCUAUGUUUUGAAGUUCCUAGUUUGUUUUCGGGAGUCUGAGGACAGCGGCGGCUGCUGGGUUCGAGUCCUGAGGGACAAAUCUGUCAUUCGGGUUCCUCACGUUCAUUUCAGAAAACAAACAGCGAAUGCAUAGAUGUAGAAAACCCGAAGGUUGCAGAAGUUGGGGAACGAUGUUAAUGUUGCGCCUCGCCGUCAGCUGGUCCACCUCUCAUUGGCCGCGGCCAGCCGGUGACCGGAGACCGAUUGGACCCUGAGCAGAUGUUUUCACAGCCGCGUUGACGGGGAGGUCAGACUCCCCUGACUGCUGCCUCGAUCCAACCAAAGAGCUGGGAGAGAGGGUCUCUGACCGUCCUGGUUAUUCUGAUUGGCCAGCUGGGCGACAAGGUGAUACCUGAGGGCUGGGUGGAGAUGGACAGUUAAUCUAUGCAGUUUAGACACAAGAAAGACGACUUGUCCCUAUGAGAAUCUGUUCAAAGCCGGGCCGUCAUCCUCAAGCUGCUCUUCUCGAGGAGCCAACAAAAAAUAACCGAAACGCAUCGAAACCAACAAACAGGCGAAACCAGUUACCAGUUAUCCGGGUGUGGCGAUGGUCCGGCGGCUGUUUGCGUUUCGAUGGCGGUCUGUUGCUUUUGUCGUGCUGCUGUUCCGGUGUGUGCGUGACGUGUCCUGUGCUGUAUCUGCUUAACAUUGUGUUAACGGUGAGUUUGUGUGACCCGACGUGUCUCCGGUGUGUUUGUGUUGGAAAAGCUGUGAUGUUUCGGUUGCCACACAUGAAGGCUUCAUUCCUGUAGAUAAUGUGAAGGAGCAUCACUCAUGCAGGAGCCUGCAUGACUCCAGCGACCCCUGCUGGGAGAACGGCAGCUUCUGCAGCCAGUUCACAUUCUCUAUGGGUGAUUUCCCUGGAAGGUGGAUCAACGUGACACACAUUCAGUCACAACAUGAACAUGUCAUGUAUGUUUUAACUUCUGAUGGAGACAGACCCCAUGGAUGUUGUGCUACUGCCAGUGGUAGUGUUAGUCUGAGCCGCUUUGCAUGGUGUAGAAUUAGCUCGUGUUUGUGUAGGUUGUGCAGAAGCUUAUUGAAGGUUCAUCUUCUGUUUUCUAGAUACUGUGAAAAACAUCGGUGGCCCAGUACGGUGGAAAAGCUUUCAGAAAAUACAACGAAGGGUUUGUGGCUCGAAGCAACACAGCAAGAAAAUGACUUUUUAAACUGCUGAAAGCUGUUUCUAGCUAAGCUAAUCCUUGUUAAACUGGAUUAGCUAAUUAAUUAAUAAUAAUUAUUUCAUGACCUAAUCAUAGAUUUUAUCUAAAAAAUAAAUAAUUCUUCCAAAUCAUUGGCUAAUUUUAACUUAAAGGAAAGAUAUCUAUAAAAACAUUUCAUUUUACAACACAAAAAGUACUUAUGUGUAAUAUUUUGUACUUUAUUAGUCUGUAAUUGUGAACCAAAUUAAUUUGGAAGUGAAUAUUUCUUAACCUGGAGGAUAUUUCCAGUUAAGAAAUUUUAUCUAAUAAUUAAAUACCUGGAGUUUAAACAGGUUUUUUUUUUUUUUUUUUUUGCUGCGUUUGCAAAAAAAGAAUGCAAACUAACCAUGUGGAACCACGAGCUAAUUUCACUUAGCUAUUGGUGUUAGCAGUGUUGAACUCACCGGGACAAAUUCCCAGGUUUUACAAUACUAAGAACAUAAAUGCUGCAGGAAUGUUUCACUGUGUUUGAAAUCUGGGGUUUACUGAAAGGUAGCAGUACUGGAUGAAAUGGCCAAACAAAUAGUUUUACAGAGCGAUGCAGUCUCAUGGCACCUCAUGGAAAUCUUUACCUGCAUGUUUUCAAAAUGUCACAUUUGACAAAUUUGCUCAGAUUAUCUGAACUCUGAAGGAUUCUUCCAUUAAUAAAGCAUCUACUGAGUUGCUAGGAAUCAGUUCAGACUGAGCUUUUUAUAGUCUGAAAUGUUGGGAAAUGUUUGGUGAGGUGUUCAUGAUUUGCCAGGAUGCUGGUUGGGUUUGAGGUUUCUGGAGGAAGGCGCUCAGGCUCUGUGAUGCAGAGGUCAUCAUACUUCUGUUGAGGCCUACGCUGGAGGACAAACCACCUUCAGAUCCCUCCACACUCUGCCAGAGCAAUAAGCUUCAGUUCAGAGUCCAGGAAGUAGUCGUUGUUUAGUGGAAAACGUGUUUUUUCUUGAGAUGUAGAAGUUAGCAUUGUUAGCUUUAGAUGUCUGUGGUGCGCUUGAUGUUCUAGUUUCAGGUUUGGAGAAGAUUGGGGUCUAUUUAAUUUAUUCUUUAGCUUCAAUAAACCAAAACUGUUGUGUUCACCAAAGUGUCACCGUCUUCUCCCAGCAGCAAAUUCCAACAAAUCUCUCAAACGGCCCGUCUGUGAAUUCAGAAUGAUUGGACCCUUUCUUAUCUGUUGUGGUUGGUUUUUAGCUGUUUCCAACAGUAAAUAAAAGUAGUGGAUUUAAUGACUUAGCAAGUCAAAAUCUCAUUGUAAUCUCAUUCAUCAGAUUUUUUAAAAGUUAGCUGCGCUUUCCUUCCCUCAGCGCCAGGGGUCUAUUGGACAGUUGAUGGUUGUCCUGGUGGUCGAGGUGGAUGAACGGUGUAAGGAUGCCGUCAAAGCACCAGCCAGUUUGUUGACAGUGACGUUGUGUUCUGUGUCUGUAUUUUCUGUAAAGUUCCUGUUUCAUCCAUCAGGCCCGUGAAAACACAUCAAACCACAAAGACGUCACCAAAAUGAUCCAGAGGGUCGGUUCGCCCGAGAGUCCAGCCCUCCCGGUCCAGUUGUCUUGUGUUGUAGUCGUUUGGUUGUAUAAAAAGAUGGCGACGCGCAUUGGGAGUCUGACCUUCCCUCCAUCCUGCUGUGUGUAACAAUUAUAACGUUAAUAAUAAAAAAGGCAUGCAAAGCGUUGUGGAGUUUGCAUGAAGGUGUUUUUGUACCCCACCCCGCCCUCCUUACCGUGCACUUUACCACUCAUCGGACCUGUUUGAUUAGCACAUUAGCUACUAGCCACAACUUAUUACCUGUUACUAAUUGAUCUGCGUUUCAGUAUUUCUGUUAGACGCGUUUCGUUGGAACAUAAUUGAGUGUUUUAUUUAAGUGUGAAAGGUUAAACUCCCAUCAGCUUCGGUCAUUCAGGUCCGUCUGGACGUCUCGCUGGAUUUCACCCUGCCUUUAUCUGCUGGGCUUGUUUACUCCACCCUUUGUCUGCUGAGAAAUCGCCUGUAGGCUGACCUGCGGUUGCUCCUCCACCCAUCGUUGUGCGUGCAGCAUGUUUCCCUGCGUCUUCGGUGAAGACGGUGUGUUUGUGAGCGUGUGCUGGCAGUACGGGUUUGUUUCAUCGUGCAAAGCAUCAGACUGCAUCCGCCGGGUUGCAGCUGUUUUCACAAAAUGUUAAAAAAUUGCAACUAAGAGGAUCAGAGCCCUAAAUGUACGCGACGUUCACUGUUUGUUUGAUUCAAACCAAAGCCUUCUCCCUCCCACUCGUGUUCUCAAAAUGUCCGCCGCGAGAAUCGAAGAGCACAAAGCAAGUGAAGUUUACACCGAGAGGUUCCUCAAACAGAUACAGCAAUUUAAAAAAGCAACACUAGAAGUGAAAAGCCUGCCCUGAUCCCCCCCACGCACCACCAGCCCUCACUGCAUGAUGGUCUCUCCCUGCAUCAGUUGAUCCAACCAAUCUGAACAACGUCUGCCUCCAGUUCCUUUUCUCUAGAUGCUAGUUUGUAGUCUGAUUAGUGGAAAAUAUGGCACAUAAUCAUAACCGGAGACAACGGUGGUGCUUUCUUCUUCUAUUCAAUUACUGCUCUUGUUCUUGUUGUUUUGGUGUCAUUUUGUUUUUCCUGUACAGUUAACCAGUCGUCUUCACACCUCCGGAUCAAUGUGCUGCUGCAGCAGGAGCAAAAUAGAAAUUAUUCAAAUUAUAGAUUAUUGUUAUUUAUGAUGUAUAUUUAUGUGUAAAUUUGUGGAAAACUCUAGAAAUAAAAGUCAAAGUUCAACUUAAUUCCAGAAUAAUUAACAGAAAGGCCAGUUUUCUGUUAUUAUUCUGAAUUAUGAGCCGAGAUCCGUUGAGCAAAUGUCCUUCCUCAGCCGAACACCAGGCAACAUUUAGAAGAUGGGAAUUUCUAAAUGAUUGUAACCAAAAGAGGACAUAGUCAGGAUCGGAGCUCGGAUGGUUGCAGAAAACUUUCUCAUCUACCUGACGUCCCGCCUUGGAUUGAUCCAAACUAAUCUGUUCGCAAACAUGCAGUUUGUUGCAGAUGUGCAUGUGAAUCCAGAUGUUUGCAUAAUUCAGAUGUUUUCCAGAACAAAGUUUGAAAUGAAAACAUUUUGAUACUCCAGCUCCACAAAGCGCCAGCGAGCGUUGUCCGCGGCGUGACGACGGACUGCAGCGACCAAUAUAUAAACAACAAUAUAUGAAUAUUUUCAUGUGAAUCUUACACCAACAUACUGCGUCUGUAUGACUGUGUACAUGGCAUUCCUGCUCCUGUGGGCGUUUUCCUGUCAGAGCAGAAAGUGGAUCAUCCUGACGGGUUCGGGCUGCACAGAUCAACUCGCUGAUCACCAAACAAUCCGCCGCGUUUCUCCACACGCGGUGAAACGCUGUCGUCAUUUUCUUUGAAGUAAACAUGGGUCAGUCCGGCCAGAACCCGCUCUGCGAUGAUUUUCAGAAACAGAGCCUGCUGCGUCCUGCUCUGAUUACAUGAAAACUUUGAUUUUUUUUUUUUUUGCAGUAAAAGUUGUGACUUGUUUUGAACUGAUUAGAUUUUUUCAAGCUUGAUCCAAACGUCUCUUUGCUCUAUUCAUCAAGCGAGACAGUAUUUGGUUUGUAUCAGUGUUUAUUUUUCCUGAGUGGGAGGAGUUAGGGGAGGGGUCAAAUAGAUAGACCACACCCACAUAGUCCCUGCCAUAUUAAGAAAUACACAUAAAUAACAUUAUUAUUAUUAUAGUUGUUGUUGUUAUAAUUCUAUCCAUAAAAGGCAAAUAAAAUGCAGAAAAACAUUUGCAAAAACCCAGGAGGAGAGUGAACGGCUUCACACAAAGUGAGAAACAGAAAAGCUUUUAAAAGGGAGGUUACCACGACUCCAUGAUUUAAAGAAGUACAAAAGGAGUUAUGUUAUCAUAAAUAAUAGUAGUAAUAUUGAAUAUUGAAUGCUCGCAAUUUUGUCAAACUGAAACUGGAAUCUUUGUGUUCUGUAAUUAUUGUAAAUAACUUCAAAGAGAGAAAAAAUGACUUGCAUGUUUAUGUAUAAAUCUACUGAGAUAUUUAUUCCCGUCAAAGUUGACAAGCACUUCGAUGUCUGUCCUUUUUCGCUGCUUUUAUUUCCCGGAUGUCUCGUGUCCUAAGCCCCGCCCCUCCGCUCUCCGUCGGCGGCAGAGAGACGGCGCCGUGUAGCAUCCGUCACCGUCGUUCUCCGCCUCGCUGUGUGGGUCGCCGCUCACAGCCGCUCCUGCGUCCAUAAUCCCAAACCCAGAGGCUCCACCCACUGGAUCCUCUGAUGAAAGUGCUUCCCUCCAUAUUAGGAAACUAAACCCCGCCCCCAGGGCCUUAGCGGCCACGCCCCUGGUCCUUCUGGAGUCCUGUUCUGGGUCACCACCUCUCUGUCCGACGUCGUCUCUCCGCCGCAUUUCGCCAAACAUCCGACCUUUUCCUGUCUGGUUCCCACUUACCUGCAGCCAGUCCUUUAAAACCGACUCAGUCCAACCAGUUCAUAGCCAUAUCCAAACAAAAGUGCCCAGGCAGUCUGUAGACUCCAGACAUAUCUGUAGACUCCAGACGGUCUGUUGGACUGGGAUCAGCAACUCUGAGUCAGAAUCGGUGGUGGUAGCAUCAACUUUAGAGAACAAGCAUACAUCCACCGGAUGGAGCAAAGGGACUUUCUUGCUGAUCUUCAUGCUCUCACCAACCAAACCGUCUCUGACUAAAACUAGAUUUAAGUCUGGGUUAGUCCUUCAGACCUCACCACAGUCUUCCUGCUACCCAACUUUCCCAGAGGAGUUCCUGGAGGAGAUCGUAGCUCUGCUUUCUCGAAGUCGUCAAAGGGAAUCAGAAGCUAGCUAGCUAAGUAAGGCUACAACUAAAGCUAAGUAUCUAGCUGAGUUCAGUAAAGUUAGUAAAAGUUAGCUAACCUCAGCGUAAACUAGCUUUGUUCCCAGUGAACCGGUUCAGUUCUUUUCAGGCCAUUUGGCGGCUUCGAGGUCUGAGGUUCGGCCGGAGUCGCGACCCAAUUCUAGGCCCGGACUCCAGCCUCACAGGCCUUUCGUAACAAAGAGUGCAAUAUUAGAGAACAAGGGCUGACCUGGUCAUGCAGAGGCCACGGGCCGACGGGCGACGCUCUCCGGCAGGAACUCCGACCGGAACCCCGCCGUCCAGACACCACGGUCCGGGCGGAUCCAUGAGGGUCCGGCAGAUCUGGGGGGAUCUGCCACUGUUUCAGUUUUAUCAUCAUUAGAUAUGGCGGCUGAUGCUGAUGCUAAUGCUGAUGCUAAUGCUGAUGCUGAUGCUGAUGCUGAUGCUAAUGCUGAUGCUGAUGCUAAUGCUGAUGCUGAUGCUGGGCAGCAGGGGGCCGAGAAGAGACGGAGAUCAGAAAAAAAAAGUCCGCACAGUAAAAAAUCGCAGAAAGAGGACAGUGACGUCGCUCUUUGCACGCAACUUUGACCGGAAAUGCAACUCGUGUCCCGUUUUUUUUGUGUGUAUGUGUGUGUAGCGUAAUGUAAAGCGAUCUGUCCCUCCUCCCCGCUGCCCUCCUGCCCCUCCUGCCCCCUCUCUCGUACUGCUGUUGGCUGUUCUGUUGAGUUCAUGUGACGUGCCAGUAUCCCCCCUCCUACCCUCUGACCCCCCCUCGAUACCCCCGCCUCGCCCUUCCUCUCUUCAUGGAUCUUUAAGAUGACAACUCUAUGCAGAUGCUGUCUUUUAUAAGUGUGUCAAGAUUUUAAUUUAAAAUAAAAACAAAAAAAACAAACCCUGACAGACAUAUUGAAAUGAAACAAAAAAUUAAUAAAGAAAAGGAUUGUUGAGUGUA